AUGACCCACGUGACUGCUCCGAACCCAACCUCGCACACCACGACGUUGCCGCGGAGCUGCUUGUACGUGUGGGUGGUGGGCAACCCGAUCAGUGGCGGCGCACGAGGUGCGGUGCUGCUGGAUCGAGUUGAGACACUGUUCUCCGAGUCUUUUGGCAGAGGUACAGUGCACACCACAGACAGCAGCAACCUCUUGCGCAUCCUUUCCUUGCACCAGCCGGUGUCAGGGUCUUCAUCGGAAGGGAUGGAAAAUGGAGCACACGGGCGCAGCCCUGAAGCGCCAUCGGCAUCAGCGUGGGGGCCGGCGGCUGGCUCGGCACCACCAUACUCGUCGGCUGUGAGUGCUGUAUGGAAUGUCACAGCAGCGGCCAUGCCGGCGACCCCAGCCGACUGCGCACUGUCAUCCAUAGCAUCCUCCGUUAGUGGUGUCGCGCUGCGUACGCUUAUCGUUCGCACGAACCAAUGCGGGCACUUGAAGCCGCUGAGUCACGCGCUCAGCCAACUCAUUCUGUGCUCGCGUCUCGACGACGAUCGCCAGCGGCAGCCGCAGGGUCCCGCGCUCUCUUCCACGCAGCGCAGCGCCAGCGCUUCGGCAACUCUAGGGAACGGCAAGGGCGAGCGCGAAUUGUCGCCGCUAGACAUCGAAAGAACCUCCGCCACGUACCAGCGCGCACGUAGCAGUCGUCCAGAGCAGCCGUCCACGCAUCACGUUAUUCUCAUUGUUGGUGGCGACGGGACACUCAGCGAGGUCACGAAUGGACUGUGCGAGGGAACGCUAGCCGGGUUCACACAGCUUGCACUGAGCGGCGGUUCUGGCGCCGACGCUGCCGCAGCCACAUCGCACGCACACGUUGAGCGCGAGGCGGCGGUGUUGUCGCACCUUCUUCCCGCUGUUCUGUAUCUGUCGGGAGGGACUGGCUCCGACUUUGCCAAGCUUGGAUUAUGUUGCCGCACUCCAGAGGACGCUCUGCGAGUCGUGCGCGACGGACUCGCACGGAAGCUCUGCCCUGACACUAGCAGCCGCGUCGGCGACGAUAGAGCACGCGUUGAUAGCGAGGGUUGCAGAGCUAUGGCUUCGAGCUCACCUGCUGCGCGGCAAAGUGUAUCUGCGCCAUCCGGGUUGUUCGCGUGUGCUGCGUACGCGGUUGAUGUCGGCCGGAUCGAGUUUCUGCGCACUGGCACACGACACUUCUUCAUCAAUGAGUGCUCCACUGGCAUGUCAUGCGACGUCAUCCAGCGCGGGGAGCGGCUUAAGCACUGGCGAUGGAUCUCCAUGCUAGGCGGUCUGGUGCUGUUUGCCGCGUCAUCCUUUGUGUCACUGCUGCUCAUGAGCCCGAAGCCACUGUACAUCUGCAAGCUCCCCCCACGUGUGCCGCUGUCCGUCGCCUCGGCGGCCUGGACGGAAGACAUCGGCACGGAGGGCGAGGCAACGGAGACCGGCGCGAGCCCAGAGCAGGCGAGCAAGGAAAGCAUUGGCGGCAGCGACAACUACGUAGCUGGGGUGUGCAGCAGCGACACGGACUGCAAUCCGAUCUCCACAAGCCCGCUCUCCGAGGCGGCGUCAACUUCGCCGUUGGGAUGGCCCCACUCCCUCACGUCGCUUGCCCCCUUUGCACACUUGAGCAAGCAGCUGGGGCGGUUGCAUGCGCGACUGCGGCGGAGUGCGCACGUGGAGCCGAGGCCAGACCCUCCUGGUCGCCACUCAGACGCUUCCCGCGACACAUCUACAAAGUACUGCACUCGGCUUGCAGCGCCAGCGGCUCAAGCCAAGAGCGGCGCGGCGGCGUACACGCUGCAUGCGCGCACGCCAAUGCCGCCUUUACAUGCCAAGAAGGUUCGAUGUACGCUUCAGACCCCCUCCCGUCAAAUCCUGCAGCUCCUCGACAUCAGCCCCGACGAACUUCAGGUGCACCGUAUGCACCAAAAGCAGCGUGAUACCGGGGCGCCGGCGAUCACUUCCAGCACCGACUUAAUCACCGUCACCUCGAUGAAGGGCAUGAGUAGGGACACCACGAGCAAAGGCGCCGCCCCCGCCACGAGCUCAGGGGGGGACGAGGAGCAACAUGAACAUGUGCGCCGAAAGCUGAAUGCGCAGAUUCGCAGCGAUGACUCCAUUGGCGAGCACCACUGUCGCGCAGACAGUGGGGCCCUGUAUGUCGACUCCGCGGCCGGCAGAGGUGGCGACGCGUGGCCACACGACGUCAAUGAUGAUCAUCUCAUGUCGCUGACGUGGGUGGAGAUGCCGUCGUCCAUGGUAGCCUUCGCGAACGGUCGCUGGUACGGUGGAGGCAUGCUCGUCGCACCGCACGCGGAUCCAACAGACGGACUGCUCAGCUGCACGAACUGGGUAGCGACGAUCCUGCCCUUUCUCUUCGGCGCUCCCUCCCUAUACACGGGACGGCACGUGCACUGGCGCAGCACGAGCGUCUUUGACGGCGAGCGGUUUCUCGUUACGAACGGCCCCCCUCCCACUACCGCCGAGGCUACAACAACAUAUCUGGACAGCUUAGCAGACGCGCCUCUGGAUGCAGACGAAGCGCUGUACAUGGAGGCGGACGGCGAAGUGCUGGAAGCAGCGCCGGCCAUUGUGGAGCUUUCCGGCAAGCUUAUCUUUCUCGUUCCAAGCACAGCUACGGUGUGCCUUGGCAGUGCAGCUCCCGGCACAACUCGCGAGCGUCUUGCCGCGCAGCAGCAGCAACAGUACGACGGCGGCGCGCGUUUGUUAUCGACCGACUCCGACGUAGCGUUGUACACUCCCGGUCGACAACUUCGCAGCCUUCGCGACGGACUCGGCAGCUUGCUGAAGCGGCUGGCGGACUAUGCGCAGCAGUGGAUCGGCAAAGGCGGUCGUAGACGCGCCGUCAAUAGUAGCGGCAGGGCUAAUACGCGCUUCUGA